AUGGCUGACGAAGAAGGAGCAAGUGGUUUCGCCCAGGCGACUCGACGUAAUGGACUGUUUCGAGCUGGGUUUCCGAGCCAUAUAGCAGUCUUAACCGCCGAACGAUAUCACUCAUCUAACCCGAUAUUCAAUGAUGAUGCUGGAAGCACUCGUUGGGUAUGGGGAAUCAGCUCUGGCGACAACAAGGUGAUGGAUAAGAAGCAGAAUUUUCCUAAGGAUGUAGCACCUUCACCAACCUCUACACAAACAACAACUUCUUCCCUAAGCACAACCUUUGAUAAGGAAGAACAGGAAAAAGUCAAGUAUUGGCUUAGCAGUAUAUCUGGAAGUACCGAGGAUCCGGAACUGCUCAGUCCCUUUACGGAUUUGACGUCGCGUACGGCUAGUUCUCUCGAAACUAUUUCCCUUCAACCAAUUUCACUCCAGCGCGCAUCAGACGCAUCAGCAUCUUCAGGCUCGUACCAGAGAGCAUCCCUUCGUAAGCUGUCGCCUCCGGUACCUAUUACCGACUCGGAAAUUGAACGCAUCUUUCUCAACAAGACUAUCAAGAUGUAUUCGACUCCUCAAGGAGGCCGCAGUGCCGUACAGCUCGAAUUAGGUGUGGCUAGAGCUCGGGCGCUCAAUAGAGAACCUUUUCACUCGCGAUCGGGAUCACGCUCUUACCGAGACGAGCCCAGUGAUGCUCCUUCGUACUACACCCGAAGCAGGGGAAACAGUGCUUCAUCUAGCAUGUACCAGCAACUAGGCAAUCAAGCAUCCCCGGAACGUGGACGCUCGCUGCAGAAUCGAUACGAAUUCCAGUCAAAUGAUGGCGACGAGCUCCUCUCUCCUGUGCCUGAGAGCGCCGGGGGCAACUUCCCCAGCCGCAUCACAACAGUAUCUGAUCUCAUCAAUAUGCGCGAUGAAGAACCUCUUCAAAGAUCUCGAGACAUGUCCCGACACAAGUUUCCUCCGCAGCCCGCUGUAUCUACCCCUGCUCGGGAGCAAGAGAAGCGUCGGCCUGAGCCGCUUGAUCUCAAGGCGGCUCACUGGUAUGGUGCAACGGUCGCGCGACACGCGAACAUCGAGGCCGUCCACAAUCCCGUUCCUUCAUCAGAGAAAGACCAGAACUCCAACGAUGAUAGCCCCUCAGUAUAUGGAGCUAGUACGCCAUUCCACUAUUAUGAAGAGCCCUCGGGCGACCCCUACAAAGCUGGAUUGGGACGAGGUAGCAUCCUAAAGGGUUAUUCUAAUUGGAUGGAGAAGCAAACUACAGAGGAGCGCAACUAUCCGGCCACCCCUGUGUCAGAUGGCCCGGUAGCUCAAGCUGUUUCUCGAGACCACUCGCUUGAGAAAGGUAGUCGAGGUCUACCCAAGUCUCUCACUACCAAUGAUGUCACCAAUGAUGCCACCAAGGAAUACGGUGCGCCGCCUUUUACACCGUUGACGCCGUGGCUCAGCAAUGACAAGGUUAAGAAGGUGAAGAAGAAUCUAUUCGGAGACAAAGGAUGGCUCGAAGAUACCGCCGCACAAAAGAAACCCGAGCGCCCCAAGACUGUGAAUGCUCGUUUCUUCGAUGGUAUGAAGAAGACAGCUCGAAAGAUUGCUGGAAUGGCGGACUUCCGAGUUGGUGCAUCCAGAGUGAGCGUCGCUCGAGAACUCAACAUCACACUUGAUCCCCGCGAGCAGAGUCUGCUUUACUGUGAGCUAGAGUUCAUCUUGAGCAACACCCUGAGUGGAUACAUCAACGGCCAACUGCAUCUCGGACGCAUGAACCCGCACAUCUAUGCUAAGAUAGCCGACUCCUGGGCACAGAUGGGUCGUCCAAAGGUCAUUGGGUUCCGCUACGACCUUGAGACCCAAGUCGACAUGAUCUAUGCACACAUCGGCAGCUUCCGAUUCCAUGGUCCGCACCAUGCAGACAGCCAUAUUGUCAAGGGCCUCCUGUACGGCAUGAAGAUGAACGCGCGCGUCAUGCGAAUCCGCACACACUGCCAGCCGGACUCGGUCAUCGCGAAGCACAUCUUGGACUCCCAGGCACUCAUGCAGCUGCUCAAUAGCCCCCCCGAGUUGCAGACUUCGCUGGCGGAAGUGAGCCAGUUCUUCCGCACUAUUAUCGAGGUCCGCCAGGAGAAGCAGGAGAAAGAGGAGGUAGAGAAGUCGUUCGUGGACUACGCGCCUAACUCUGGCUUCAAGCCCCGAAGUCAAGAUGAUCUGUCCCCUCCCAAGGGCAAGCAUCCCGGCGAAUACCGCGUCAAGAAUCAGAUCAACGUCCCGCAGAAACAGCGCGAUUUCAGCGGCCCGAUCCUUGAGCCUAAGGUGUAUAACCCCUCGGAACAGCCGCACGCUUUGACGAAGUAAUAUGAUAGGCGGCAACAGGACGGGGCCUUUGUAGGCGGCUCGUCCCUCGGCGCUAUUGGCGCUUUUACGACUUGUUUAGGGUGAAUUUUGCGAUUUUCUUCGAUGCCCUGAUACCCGAUUUCUUUGUUUGAGAUGACAUUCUCCGGCUCUGACUCUAAGAGGAAAUUUUCAACAAAUUCCUCAAAAUUUCUCUACCAUUGCGUUUAUGAGAUAAAGACCGGCUAGAUAUUGUCACACAGUUAUGAUACCACAAUCGUCUCCGAAUGGGUGGUAGUUAUCUUGUCUUGCUUUUUUUGCUUCGUCAUUGCGACAAACUUUUUUUCGGGAAGAGAUUCAACUCUCUUCUUUUUGGGAGGAGAUUCAACUCUCUUCUUUGCACAUACCGCAACAGGCAAUGUCCUCGGUUGCCUUUUUAUGUCAAGAUUGAAUACACGAUGUGUUUCGAUCGACGCAUAACCCUCGGAUUUGAUCACAACAUCAACCGGGGCUUCAACCUCGGCCUCAUCCCCCUGGUGGGGUACGUCGUUGUGUACAAUUUCCUACUAUUACUGGGACACAAAAAUGUUUCUUGGUAAUGAUCACAUCUGAUCUGGACA